AUGGCAGGAUCUGCACCAGAAGGCACACAGUUUGAUGCACGUCAGUUCGACCAAAAGUUGAAUGAAAGUUUGCUGACUGUGUUGUAUGGAUACAGACUUGAGGGACAAGAUGAGUUCUUCACCUCUUAUGAUGAGGUUCACGAGAGCUUUGACGCUAUGGGUCUGCAAGAGAACCUUCUCAGGGGUUUUGAGAAGCCUUCUGCUAUUCAGCAAAGAGGGAUCGUUCCCUUCUGCAAAGAUCUCGAUGUGAUCCAACAGGCUCAGUCCGGUACUGGGAAAACCGCAACUUUCUGCUCUGGCGUCUUGCAGCAGCUAGACAUCAGCCUUGUAUAA